AUGAGACCACAGUCUCCCAAAUUUUUUCAAACUCAGACUAUUGCAACAACUAGAGUUGUCAAUUCCCCACCCAAAGACAAGCGUCAUGAUUCUUGUGGUAGAUUAGCAAAGGUUACAACCUAUUAAUCAAGGCCUAAAACCACUCUCACCACUACUACGUAUAGACCUGUUAUAGAGACUAGGACUGUAAAGUUGUGUACAGAAAAAAAGUGUUAAGGACAUGAAACCUUAAUUGAUUAAUUGACAUAAGAAAAUAAUAAAUUAAAUUAAAGAGUAAAUGAACUUUAAAAUGAAUUAGAUCAGUAGGUGGAGAAAUAUGAAGGCGAAUAAUAAGUUUGGGUUAACACAAGCUUGGAAACUGAGAGCAAGAUAAAACUACUAGAAGAAACCUAAAAAAAUCACAAGCAAGAAGUUUCUUAUCUAAAUUCAGAGCUUAAUACUUUUAAAUCAUAGUUCUAAUAUUAGGAUGAUUAAAUCAGAUUCUUAUCCUCAUAGUUAAAAUAGCAAGAAGUACUUGAAAACAAAAUUGCUCUAUUGAGUUCUGAGAUUGAAAGACUUCAAUACGUGAUUGAAGAUAAAAAUGAAGGCAUUUCACUAUUGAAAUUUAGAGUUCAAGAUUAUGAAAAGCAAUUGUAAGUGGGGUAAAAUGUGAUUGAGGAUAGGAACCAUUUAAUCUAAGAAUUGUAAUAGAAAUAUAAUCAUUGCGAACAAGAACUCCUAUUUUCAAAUAACAUAAUCCAUGAGCUAAAAUUUGAAAUUACACAAAAAGACUCAUAAACAUAAUAAAUGCUAGCUUAAAAAGAUUCAUUAAUGUAAACAUAUAGAGAGAAUCUGGAAUUGUUAGAAAAGAAAUUAGCAUAAUCUCAAUAAAAUGAAUAAUUAUUGUAAGAUCAAAUAGAUAAGACUGAAAAGGAAAGAGAAGAUAUAAACAAUAAGGUUCAAUAACUUGAAACAGAAUUAAAUGAAUAUAGAGAAUAAAACUAUUAAUUAAAUUAACAAGUAAUUAUUAAUGAUCAAACCAACGAAGUUCUAUAGACUUAAUUGAUUCAAUAGACUUAACAUCAUUAAAAUUAAUUGUCAAAUAAAGACACUGAACAUGAAUUAACAAAGUAAGAAAGGGAAACAUUGGUAAAUCAAUUAUUACAAAUUAAAUAAGAAUUAGAAGAUAAAACAUAAGAACUAGAUGAUUUGAAGGAGAUGGAAAAAUGCUUGACAUCUUAAUUAAAGGAAAAAACUAGUGAACUAAAUUAAAUAACUGAAGAAUUAUAGAUAGCAAAAACUAAAUUAGAAAAUUCUGAUGAAUAGAUUAGAACUUAAUAAUUAAUAUUGAUCGAGAAGGAAGCUAUUAAUAGUGAAUUGAAAGAUGACCUAAAUUUAAAAUAACUAGAAUCAUAAAUAGAGAUUAAUAAAUCAUUAUAAAAUCUGAUUUGCGGAUUAAAAUAACAAAAUACUGAACUUGAAGAUAAAUAUAAUACAUAGGAGAAUGCACUUAAAUAAUAAUAGGUUUAAUCAGAAGAGUAACAAAGAUAGAAUGAUGAAAAAAUAUAGGAAGCAGUAUAUUAAUAGUCUUAGUUAAAUGAUUAAAUAAGCUAAUUAAUUACAAAGUAAGAUAGUUUAUUACUUUAAAUAUAAGAUCUUCAAUCAUCUCUUUUAAAUUUUUAAUAGGUCUCAUCAGAGUAAAUUAAUAACUUGUAAUAAUAAAAUGAGAAUCAUAUUUUAAGUGAGGAUGCUCUAAAAGAAGAAAAGAUAUAGUUAAUACAAUAAAUAUUACUUAAUUGCUUUGAAAUAGAGAGAUUACAACUUUAAAACAAUCAUUAAUAAGAAUAAUUCAAUUCAUAGAAUGAAAAAUUGUCUCAACUGGAGAAAAAUAAAUAGUUAUAUGAAGAAGAAUUCUAAAAAUUCAAAGAAAGUAGUCUUAAAAAUAGUUAGAAUUAAGAAACUAAAAUAAAAGAGUUGUAAUAAUAAAUAGAUGAAAAUCUUAAGUAAAUUGAUGGUUUAAAAAAUGAUUUAAAAUAUUAACUUUCUUUGGAAGAAGAAUUAAAUAAGAAAAACCAUUUCCAAUAGGAUUAGAUAUCUCACCUACAAGGUGUUGAGUAAUAGUUGAAAUAUUUGAAUGAACAAACUAAUUUAUAGACAAAACAUUUGUAGAAAGAAUUCGAAAGCAAAAUUGAAUCUGAAAGUUCAUUAAGAUUCAAGUUGGAGAAAUUAUUAGAGGAACUUAGAAUAAAACAAAUGUAAUUAGUGGAGAUGGAUUCUUAAAUGAGAUAGAUAGAAUAAAAUAACAACAUUGAUCUUUCAAAUUUAGAGGAAAGAAUUAGUUACUUAUAAAAUGAAGUGGAGACUUGGAGACAAAAGUUUUCUAUUUUAAAUAAAGAUUAUCAUAGAGUUCAAGAAGACUUGAUGAUGCUUCAAGCAGAGUUUGAUGCAUAUAAGAAAAGAGGUUUCGAUAUCAAAAAUAUUAAAGAAUCUACCUAUUUUGAAGUUAGAAAGUCGUCUCUGUAUAAGGAGAACAUUGAUAUAAAGGGAAGUUAGACUUCAAUAGGAAGACCUCUCAGAGAAAAUAAAUGA